GACCUUCAUUUAAAACUUUCAUACUAUAUCCCGCGUUUUCUCUGUUGAAUACACAACGACAUGAAUCCAGCUAACAAACAAUAUGGACUUUUGAUUCCAAAGAAGAAACAAUCAUCAUUUAAAGCAUCAAAUGUAUUUGGAGACGACAGUGAUGAGGAAACACCAAAACAGGAAAUCAAUGCAAGUUUACAGAAGUCAUCAUUGCAGGCAAAAAUUAAAAGACAAACUCAAAUUGAAAUAGACAAAGCAUUAGAGGCGGACCCAACUGUAUACGAGUAUGACAAUAUCUAUGAUGACCUUAAAGCAAAAAAAGAGGAAAAGGACGCAGCUCUCCAGCAGAAGAAGGAUAAGAAGCCCAAGUAUAUAGCAGGCUUACUGAAGGCAGCAGAAAUACGAAAGAAGGAGGAUGAGAGACGAGCAGAGAAAAAGAUCCAGAAAGAACGAGAGAAGGAGGGCAAUGAGUUUGAAGACAAGGAGGUGUUCGUGACCGGAGCAUACAAGAAAAAGAUGCAGGAGAUGCAGGAACAAGAGGAGAAGGAGAGAAGGGAGGCAGCCAUGGAAGAGAUGUUAGAUGUGAAAAAGCAAAGAGAUUUGAGUGGCUUUUACCGGUACAUGCUAAAUGAACAGUCAGCAGAACCUGUAAAAGAAGAGCACAGAGAAACAACAAAAGUAAAAGUAAAGGAAGAACCUGACAGUCCCAAACAAUCAGAAUCUACGGAGGGAGGAAGAUCAUCCAAAGACAAAUCCCCACAGGAUUCAAGAAACAGAGGAGGAAGAUCUUCCUCCCAUGACAGAGGAAGACGGAGGAAGAAUUCUUCUUCUGAUUCUGAGGACAAAAACAGGAGAGGAAGAGGAUCACCAGAAUCAUCAGAAAGACAGAGAAAAAACACACAUUCCCCCUCUUCACACAGACAAAGGAGAAAGGAUUCUCCCAAGUCAGACAGAGAUAGACAAAGGACAAGUUACCGUGAAAGGGACUCAAGGAAAGACAGAAGGGGUGAUUCUGACAGUGAGAGCUCAGACAGAGACAGUAAGAAAAAGUCUGAGAAAAGGUCAGAGGACUCAGAACACUCUGAAAAACAGCGGAAUCCAGACAGAAAACGUUCUGCUGAGAGAGAUUCAGUCAAAGAGUCAGAGAAAAAAGCCAAAGUGUCAGAUGUGAGUGAGGAAAGCAAAGACAAUAAAAAAUCAGGAGUGGUUGCCAAGAAAACUACAGAUUCUGUCGCAAAUGAAGCAAGGAGGAGGUAUUUAGAGAGAAAGCUUGCCAAAGAAAAAGCAAAGUUAAUGAACCAACAGGAGUAAAAAACUGAAGAAGUAUUGGGUCAUAAAUGUUGUUUUCAUUAUUAAUAUCUAUAAUAUGGUAUGUAUUUAGAGAAUAAAAUGUUCAUUUUA